AUGAUUGGGGAUGUGCAACAUAUUCUGCAAGGAUCCGAAAAGACACCAGACGCCUCGAAAGAUAAUGCAACCCCGGGAUCAUUGUCUAAUCGUGGAAUCAAAAAGGUUUGAAAUCGGUUAUUCGUCUGUAAACUUUUUGAUUCGUUUAGCCGUCCAAAUCCACAGAUCGAGGUUAUAGAAAACCCGAAGGAAUGAAGCGAGAACUGUACAAUCUGAUUUCCGGAAAGGAUAUAACCUCCGUGAUCCCAACCGAUGUAAAGAAAAGCUACAAGCAAAAGUUUCAGGUUGGUUUUUUAAAGAUGACGGGUUUUGACAAUCAGUCUUUUUCAGACAGGCUUCCGAUCAGUCCGGAAGUAUAAAUGGACGCCAUUCACAAAUGAAGCCAGAACUGACGGUCUCAUGCUUCACCACUGGGCAAGAACGGAUAAAAUUGAUCCUAACCAGCCAUAUCCUUUUUCUAAGUUUAAUAAGGUAAAUUUUUCUAUUAGUAAUUCCUAGCAAAAUACUCAUUGUUUAGGUUAUUGACAUUCCGACGUACACCGACGAGGAAUACGAUAAUCACUUGAAAUGUGCUAAAUGGUCUCGUGACGAAACCGAUUACCUUUUCGACAAAUGUCGACAGUUUGAUAUCAGAUGGCCGAUCGUAUAUGACAGAUAUGAUUGCAAGAAGCAUGGCGUGAACAGAUCGGUUGAGGAUCUCAAAGAUCGGUUUUACUCGAUUCUUCACGAAAUUACACUUCUCAGAGUAAGAACGUUAGGAGUUUCAAUGAAAACAUUCCAUUUCUAGGAUCCAAAUGCAAGCCCCAUUGCCUAUGAUUCGGAUCACGAGCGUCGUCGAAAAGAACAGCUCGGGAAGCAAUGGAAUCGUACGAAAGAGCAGUUGCAGGAGGAAGAAGACUUGACUGCUGAGUUGCGUCGCAUUGAGCUGCGAAAGAAAGAGCGCGAAAAGAAGGCGCAUGACCUCCAGAAGCUCAUCAACAUGGUCGAGCAACCAGCCAGUCCAUCUACCGCUGGAAUGAACGGAGCAGCGAGUGCGAAGAGAAAGAACGCCUUCCGAACGAAGACUGGUUCGGUUUCUACAGCAGCUCCUACCUUCUUUAAUCCAGUGAGUUUUCAAAUAAGUACCGAUACCAACUCCUGGCAGCGUUUACAGUUGGACAUAUCUGUCACUGCUCUGCGUUUCUCCGAAUUCAAGUCAUCCGGUGCUCAUCUUCGUUGUCAGGAAAUGAAGCUUCCGACAAACAUUGGACAGAAAAAACUGAAGAACAUAGAAGUGGUUCUUGAAAAAUGCAAAAUGGGUUAGUUUUAGCUAGUUUUGAACCAACAGUUCUCGUUAAUUGCCAUUAUUGUUUUGCAGAACUGAACCCAGUCGCUUCCGAGUCGAUUAUGAAGACGUACAAUGAUUUCCGCUCGCAGAUAAUGUUGCUUCAAGAACUCAAAACGGCGCUUCAAACUUCUGAAUUCGAAUUGGAGAGCCUGCGCACGCGAAUGCAGGAGAACGGAAAGGAUUUCGAAAUCGUGUCCCGUUUCCGUAUAUCUAAUCUAGUGGAAGGCGGCCUAGACGAGGAUCAGGUUGGCGGUGAAGGAAUGGCGACGACGAGUAGAAGGAUCACCUCCUACAUCGAUGGAAACCUCAAAGAUCUCACAGCGGUAAUAACUUUCCAUCAGUCUCUUUCCACAACUUUUGUCAGUAUCAGAUCGCCUCUCGCAAGCGCAAGGUUCCCACUGCAGCAGCUGCUCCCGCAGCCACCCCUUCACCGGUCGUACCCGUGGAUCCGAAACGGUCAAGAAAAGUUAUUUAA